UCAGAUCAGAAGCCGAUAGGAAAACUUUAGGCAAGACGACAGUCGACGAACCAGAUAAUUUCGGAUUUUCUUUCAUCGUUGUGAUGAAAUAAAAGGACGAGUUGUUGCGACACACUUCAUAACAAGCCAUAAUUCCAAGUAAAGAAAGAAAAAAAAUGUCCGACGAGGAAUCUUUCAUCGUUUUGGGUUCAACCCCUACGCCUUCGAUGGAGAACUAUUUCCUCUCUGAUGAACAACCGAGGCAACCCAUGACCGAUUCGUCCAUUCAGAUCAAUUCUAGUCACUUCAGCAUGAUUCAUCCGCCACAGGAAUCGUUGAAAAAUUCGAUUGGGCCAAAAUCAUCCUUGGAAACCUGUGCUGCUUCUAGUUUGAUAAACGGAUCCGUGGCUGGCGAGAAUCCAUUAGCGGCCAGUGUCAUCAUGGGCGAAACCCAUUCCAGCCUGUUCCAGACAUUCCCAAGCUUGAUGAAAUCAUCAAUGCCGAUCGACGAGGUAAAAGUACUACAGCAUUUGAUGACCGAGCACGGUCAAAUGAAGGAAAGUCUUCAGAUGGCAAACGUUGCAAUGCGUAAAAAUUUUACGAGUAUUCAAAAGUGGCAGGAUGAUGUUAAAAACAAAUACGCCAAUCAAAAUCGUGUUAUCGAUGAGCUCCGCGCUAAUCUAGAGCAAUUAGAGUCAGCAAACAAAACUCUUCAGCAAAAGUUUAAUCUGUCCGAGGAAAAUGUUCGGAAAAUAAAAAAUGAAAAUGAUGCCCUACAGAAGCAACUAAAUGAUGUUUCCGACCGAGAAAAUGUUCUGGGUACAGCUCAUGAGGCUGAAUUACAAGAUCUCAGAAAGGAGCUUUCUGAGAAAAAAUCGGUCCUGCAGAAUAUGGCCAAAGAGAUUGAACGACUUCAGCUUGAAAAGCGUGAUUUUGUGGUGGUUCCUUCGAACAAACCAGACCAGAUGGAUCUGGGUGUUGUUACCAAAGAAGAACAUGAACGACAAAUAAAGGUGCUUCAGCGAGAAAUGUCAGUCGCGGUAGCUAAGAAUUUGGAGUUUGAAGAUAUGAGAAAAAUCUACGUCGAUGAAAUCAACUGCUUGAAAGCAAACAUAUCGGCUGCUGAGGAGAUGGCUGCCAAACAUCGUCUUGAGAAGGAGCGCAUGUUUAAGGAUUUGGAAACUAGAGAUGUAUCCUUGUCGGAAAACAUUCGCGAAUUGAAAACUUUAAGCGAGCAAGUUGACGUUCUUACCGCCCAAUUGGAUAUUUACAAGAUUGAUUUUGAAGCAGAACGAACGGCCCGAGCGGAGUUGGCCAGCGAAAAAGAUCAAAUACUAUCCGAUUUGAAGCUUCUUCAAAAACGCAACCAACAACUUAUCGAAGAAGUUCAGAAUGGUCGCUCAGCUGAGCAGAAGGCAACCCGAGCCGCUAAUGAAGCUUUGGACAAACGGAACUCUCCAGAGGUAGGCCCUUCCGGUUCUGGCGCUGCUGCAAAACCAGAACCCGCUGAAGAGCAAAAAUAUGAACGUCCCGUCCUGCACUGUCCUCUAUGUAAUGGAGCUUUCAAGGACCUCUUGACUCUGCAGAACCACGUGGAGGAUUGUGUUGGCUGUGAAGGUUAAUAUUCGAACGAAACAGUGUCAUAUGUAUAUUAGAUAAUGUAUCCAGAUUGCAGCGUGAGCUAACAAUGAAAAGGAAGGACUGAAGUAACCUGUUGUUUGUUGAAAUUGAUAAAUUGUUAAUGUUUAAGUGCAUUUUAUCGAUAGUCACGCUUAAAUGAGUUCGAUUUUUAAAUACCUAACAAAACAAAAUGUAUUGAAACUUAUAGAAAUAACUUUCCACUGUUAGUUCUGUUAUAUGAUUGCAAAUAAACAAAAUUUAAUGUGGGUAUGUUAACAUGUAAACAUA